UUAUUAUUGUUUAGUAAUUUUUGACGAAGGGCGCAGUUUUUUCGGCGGAAAAUUCGGAUCUUUUUGUUUCUAUACAUGUGUAAUGUUUCUAUUUUUGUUAUGUGAUUUUAUAUUUUUAGAGGUUUUUGGAUUAAGACUCACUCCUCACUUCCCUGGAGAGUAGCAGAUUGAUUCGAUUUUCAGUCUCUUUUUAUUUUUUUUCCCGAGAUUUCCUCUUCUUUUUGGGUGUUCCUGUUGGUGUUUUUUACUGUUCUCGCCCCUUUCCAGUGGUUAUGAUUUGGUGGGGUUGGUGUGAACAAGUGAGUGUUCAAGCAGAGAGAAUUUUGUAUUUUCCUUUUUGUCUCUGUUCAUGUUUUCUGAAAUCUGUUGGUACAUUUUUGACUUUAGAUGAAGUAAUUUGACUUUGAAUUUUCUUCCCCCUUUUUUUUUUCUCCAUUUGAUAUUGUACUUGGAAAUCAAACCCUCGUAAUCUUCUCAAAAUUGGGUAAUUUCCCCACUUUUCUUCGACCCUUUUGAAGAAUAAGAUCUUGUUUUUUUUUUUUUUCAGUGCAAACUUUCUACGGAGGGGUGAAUGAUUUAGUGUGAAGGGUGAGGAGGAAUUGAGUCUUAGUUCUUGCGAGGGUUGUUAGGAAUUUCUUCAAUUUUCAAGCUGCGCUUCUUUUGCAUGAUUAAAACUCUCUGUAGUUAGCGUCUGGUUAUCAAGUUAGUGAUCAUCAUAAUGAUGGUAUUUGUUUUAAUUUCCCCCUUUUAAUUGCAGAGGGACAACCACAACUGGUUUCCCCCCCUCCCCACAAAGUGAUGGUGCAGGAUUUUAGCUUGUGCUUGGCCAGAGCAUGUGAGUAAAACUUUUGGGAUUUUUAUCAGAACUUCGCUUCCACUGUGUUUUAGCAUGGGGGGUGCUUGUUGUGUUGCUGCUAGAGACAAAAAUAUAGUAAAUGGACCAAGCAGUGAGAUAUUGCAUAGGAAUACCCGGUAUUCUCCGACAUGGAGCUUUAGGUGGGAUAAUAGAAGGCGUGUAGCUGGGGAAGAGACUUCCAUAACUUGGUUUCAAGAUGCAAAUAUUAGGAAUGACGGAACAGAUAUUAAAUAUGAAUCAGCCUAUGCAUCCGAGGAUGGAAGCCCCUUGGAUAGUUUUCGGAGGCGUGCGUGGCAGAAGUCUCCAACAUCUGAAGCUGCUACUGCACAUGUGAGGACUCCUGCUUCAGAUCCGUCCAUAUUAAGGAAUAUUUCGGUGGACACAAGUUUGGAACAGGUGAAGGAGUCAAUGGAGGCCUCAACAGUUUCAGAUCCAUCUCCCACAAAAUUCUCUCUCUCAUUGCCUUCAACUUCAUCAAUAACAUCUCCAAUUUCAUCCCACAUUAAUCCUCAUACUGCUAGCUCUACCACGCCAAGUUGGCCUGAUUCUGCCCAUCAGUUAAUGGGGCAAGGUCCUGAUGCCCAAAUCCCAGAAUUGAAGUCGUCAAAUAGUUGUUCAGCUCCUGAGGAGAGGCCCGCCAUCCCCUCAUGGAGCAAGAAAUCAACUCGGGGAUCCCAUGGUGGCUCUUCAGAUGGUUGGUCUAUGCACUCAUUUUCUGAGCUCCUGACUACUUCCCAUAGAGGAAGGUGUUCUUUUGACGAUGACUCCUUGAGCUUCAGGCAUGAGAGAACUAGAUUAAAUGGUCAAAUAUCAUCUUCUCCCUCUGCCAAUCUUCAAAAAUGUGGGAUUUGCUCAAAGCUAUUGACUGAGAAAUCUUUGUGGAGCAGCCAGAAACUUGUUUCAAGUAAUGAGCUCUCCGUGGUUGCUGUUCUAAUUUGCGGGCAUGUUCACCAUGCUGAGUGUUUGGAGAUUAUGACGCCUGAAAUUAGCAAGUAUGAUCCUCCUUGCCCUGUUUGCACUUUGGGGGAGAAGAAGACCCAGAAGCUGUCUCAAAAAGCUUUUAAAGCAGAAAUGGAAUUAAGAGCAAAAAACAAGAGGUCAAGGAACCGAGUCACGGAUAGUGAUUUUGAUGAUCCUAUCAUGUUUGAUCGCCUAAAAGGUUGUGGGCAUGCAGGAAAGGGUCCCAAGAUAACCACCAGUUCCAGCAUGAAGGGCUCCUUAGCAAAGCCUUUCUUGAAGAGGCAUUUUUCGCUUGGAUCAAAGAGUAGUAAAUCCUUAGCAGAUAACCACACAACCAAAAAGCAGGGAUUCUUCUGGACAAGAUCAUUGAAGGUGUGAGGUACUUUCUAAUGAUUAAGAGAUUCUGGUAUGUACUUGCAAUGAAGGGGAUGCAAGCACCACAGAACAUCAUCCGCAUCCUUCAAGCUUGGUUUUCAAACAUCUGCAUAUGUAUUCUGAAAGGACAACAGGAUUAGUUGUGAAGUGACAGUGUAAAGAGAAGUAAAGAAUUUCAUAGAAAAAGAAAAUCUUUCAUUGAUCAUGAAAAAUUAGCGGAAUGAAAAUGCAUGACGAGACUGGUGAUCUUAUCCUCACUUUGUACAGAACAAUUUGUUUCACGCGUGGGCAAUUCUUGAGUUGAUCCAAAUCAAUUUGUUUCUUGCUAAGUUUGUUGGGUUGAAUAAUAAAUCUUAAUGCCUUUACAUAUAAGAUUUGUGAAAUGAAAUUUGUAUCUGUUUAUUUAUUUAUUUAAA